GUGUAAAAGCCAGAUUGUUAUUGGAAGCAGUUGAAGUGGUUGCUAUGAGACUCGCUGGAGCAGAGGACCAGCCGCCAGCCCCACGCUGAUGGUUCUUACCUCGUCCUAGACCUUUCUUUUGACACAGUUUCAGAGUUGCUCACUCUCUGAGCGAGCACCUGACACGGGCGACUUUUUCCUUCCUGCGUUUUCCUCCUCCCGUCUCUCGGGUAAGAUGGAUCUGGAAAACGAAGCGAGCUGCUCCCCCAGCCGCGCAGCAGGCGGGUCCCGAGAGUACAAGGUGGUGAUGCUGGGAGCUGGGGGAGUUGGGAAGAGCGCAAUGACAAUGCAGUUUAUUAGCCAUCAGUUUCCUGAUUAUCACGACCCCACUAUUGAAGAUGCUUAUAAGACCCAGGUUAGGAUUGACAAUGAGCCAGCUUACUUGGACAUUUUGGACACUGCUGGUCAGGCAGAGUUCACAGCCAUGCGGGAGCAGUACAUGCGAGGUGGGGAGGGAUUCAUCAUCUGCUACUCUGUCACUGACCGCCAAUCAUUCCAGGAAGCUGCCAAGUUUAAAGAGCUCAUUUUUCAAGUCCGCCACACCUACGAAAUUCCCCUGGUGCUGGUGGGUAACAAAAUCGACCUAGAACAAUUCCGCCAGGUCUCUACAGAAGAAGGCUUGAGUCUGGCCCGGGAAUAUAACUGUGCUUUUUUUGAGACCUCUGCGGCCCUCAGAUUCUGCAUUGAUGAUGCCUUUCAUGGUCUCGUGAGAGAAAUCCGCAAGAAGGAGUCCAUGCCAUCCUUGAUGGAAAAGAAACUGAAGAGAAAAGACAGCCUGUGGAAAAAGUUAAAAGGCUCAUUGAAGAAGAAGAAAGAAAACAUGACAUGAUAUCCUUGCUUCUAACUCCCUUAUUCUUUCUCUGAAUUUUAUCAGUUGGACAAUUCCAGAUGUUGCAUUCUGCUUCAAUAUUUUCUGUCUCUCUCUCUCUUUCUCUUUAAAUAUCUGCCUAUAGGUAAAAGCAAGAUCUGCAUAACUGUACCUCUUGAGAUAGUUUUGUUUUGCCCUUAACAGUUGGAUGGAUUUUGUCAAUCAGCCGGAUAUGCUGUUUAAGUUUUUACAAUAUAUUACUAAAUAAAAUUGACAUUCCAAUUGCCUCA